CAAGCAUCCAUACGUUACCACUUAGAAAUAUAUUUCGUAAUUUUACAAGUCAAAUAAAGUAAUCUGCGUUAAAAAUGUCUGAAGCCCAGUUCUGUGGAAAAUAUCAAGAAUGUCCCGACGAUAUCGUAAAUUUCGAAAAAUUGACCGUUAAAUUUCAAAUCUCCGAUACUCAGACGGUGGCACAAGUGUACCCAAAUUGCAUGACUAUUGCGGAAAUCAAAACAGAUUUGGGUAGAAAAUUCGAAGUAGAUCCAGGAGUCCUGAUUAUCUGCCAGGAUGGAAAGGAAGCAGAAGACAGUUUGAAGUUGGAAGCGUUGACUCAAAAUGAAUUUGGAAUUGUGGAGACUUACCUGAAACUCGAUGAGGAGCAGUCCAAGCAGAAGGAAUUUAAACUAGAUCCGCAAGUUUAUUAUAGCAAGCAUAAACUCCCGGAUUUCAUCACUGUCAACAUACCAAACGAAGAUAAUCCACUUUGUGGAUGCAACAAUGUUAUUGUAGAAAUCCAGAAUUUAGCAAUAAAGAAGCCCUAUCUUGGCGGCCAUCGAGAUCUUCGUACAGGCAAAGAAUACUUUGAUGCAUUCACCCAAACUGGACCCCCUCUGGAAAAGAUCAAAUACAGUGGAAUUUAUAGUAAAGACACGCAAACACAGGAGAUUCGAUCAAAAGCAGUCGAUACCAAAGUAGACCAUUCAGCUCAAAUAUUUGGUGAUGCAACAAAUUUCAUUCACGUCCCAUCCUCAUCUGACUACGUCAUUCAACCAAAACCCUACGAAACCUAUAAACAGAAAGUGAAACGAGAGAAUAAAAUCGGAAAAAUCAUUCUAAUCCAAAGAAAUCUGAGAAGAUACAUUCUAUGGAAAUUCAUCCGUGAAGCUGCUGCUGAGUACAGACUCUUACGGGCUGAGCAAGAUCGUCGGGACAAUUUAAUCACUGAAAAUGAUGCUAACAAAAUUCGAAAAGAUUGCGUAGUCAAAACAUUUCCAAAAACCAAGGAGGAUUUUGAUCUGCUAUUUGCUCAAAUUCAGCGAUGGAAAGAUGCUGAGAUUAAACGAAUUAAUAGCAUGUACUCAGGAGGGCCGAGGAUUGCUGAACUACAUUGCCUACUUGACAGAGAGAUCCAAUUAUUAAAUGGAGUGGAAAAGCAAAGAUCACUCGUCCGAAAGGCACUAAAAGAUUUCCGCGACGAACAGCAACUCAAAAAACUCGGAGAACCUGUGAAAUGGGUUGGUUAUGAAAACCUCGUGGUUGAAGUGGAUUUAUUGAGGACUCAGCGCGUUCGAUAUCUCACGGACUUAUACAAAGCAUUGAGAGACAGCUCUACGAAGACUGCUCGCCUUAAUCUCAUCAAUACGAUAAACGGGGUGCUCCAAAAAGAAGCAGAUCAGAAACCAGGACUUGAACCAACAAUAACUGAGCUCUUAGACUUAUUCGAAAGAGAGAAGAGUUUGUUGAUAUGCACAAAGAUGAAUGACUGCACACUGGACACAUUAAGGAAGAGGCAAGGGGUUCUGUUCGUGGAGAUCAUUCAAUACGUAGACGAGCAAAAAUCGAAAAAUUCCGAUUCAAAAAUGUGUGAAAAAUGCAAAACUGUUAAACAUAUCACCAAUUUCGCAUUGCGAACGCGACAGGCAAGCGUCGAUAUCUGCAAGAAUUGUCACUACAUGCGAGGUUCCGUAUCUGACAAUUCACUAUACAGAGCUAUCCUUCGAGCAAUUCAACGAGAUGAGAAGAAACGUAAAACGCUCGCUUCAUAUGCAUUUAUAAUACAAGAGGAUGAUGUUCGCUUCAUUAUUGAUAAAAUCUGGCAUGGACACUCGAUUCUCAGCAAAUGCAAUGAUCUUGCCCAUUUGAGAUUACCUCGUUGGGAGAAAAAAGACGAUUGGUCUCCAUGGAAUUGUGUCUGCUUAACGGAAGCUGAAGCCAGAGCGCAUGAUGAACUGGAAACCCUAAACGGUGUCUACCAUGAAGCCACCGUUCAAGACAUUCAGAGCAAGCAUUUACUGGCAAAAUCUGCAUUCAAGAAACUGCUUGAUGUCGAUGAUGACCUCGUCAAACCAGGACAUUGGUGGAGAGUCGGAAUUGACGAAAAACCACUUUAAAGCUUCAUUGCUAGCGUAAGCUUUUGUUUA